AUGGAUCCGGAUUGCGAAGCGUUGCUCCGGCUCCCCCGCCUCGACCACGCCGCUGAUGAGGCCAGCUUUGUCCUGGUCCAUGUCUCCUCCGCCGGGCGCCGCCAGCUUGAUCUGAAGCUGAUUGGGACAGAGCAGGAGACCGUCUUCUCAGUCGCAUUAAAACAUACUCAAAUCUCAUCGCUGGUAGUAAAAAAUUCCCCGUGCAAUCAGGAAGAAUGGGAGGCAAUAUUACUCUUCGUUCUACGUGGUUCAUUGCCGGAAACUACCAACGAGGGGCCCGAUGUUUGCAAAGGCGUUGAGGCCGUUGCCAAAGUGGAAAAGAAUGCCACGUCGCUGACAAUCACUAUCCAGAAGCGCAUCCAAGGAAUUACCCAACGGCUCGGCACUCUCUCCCUCCCUGCGACCGAGGACGAGGAGGUUUUUCUCUACGAGUGGUGCGGUUCCGCUAUUGUAGCAAAAGACAGCGCAAGUGAAGAGCUACAAAUAGCGCGCUCAAAUCUCCGGGAGAAAGACGCGCAAGUAAAGAAGCUCGAGGAAAGCUUCAACGAACUAGUCAAUCUCAAAAAUAGCCAUGAAAAGGCACUACUUGAGAAGUUCUCCCUGUUACUCAACGAGAAGAAACUUAAAAUAAGGGAUCAACAGCGUCUACUUUCAAGUUCGAAUAUAGAUCUAGCCAAACAUGAAACGGGGCCACGCAUCAAAAAUACUAGCGCACGAGCCGGGCCGUCAAGAGCUGGCAAACGCAAAAUGGGCGAAGAUACUCAGGCUCUAAAAGAUGAUGAGUCAGAUGAUGAACAAAUGGAUAUUGACAAUGAGGCUGCACAAUCCCCUGCCAAUGACUCCGAACAAGAAGAGGCGCAUACACCAGAUCCAGAAUCUACUGCAUCUGAAGCCGAGUCGGAGAGUGAUGGUCCGCUGGUUUUACAGCGCCCAAGGAGAACUGCUGAUACUUCCAAAGGCAUUGCGAAGGGAUCAACGGCGCAUACCAAGGAGGCAGGCUCAAGUCAUGCAUCUCAAGAUGUUUCGCCGCCGCCUCCAAAAAGAGACUUGCCGUUUCAGCAAAAGAAGGCAACUAAACCUGAACCUGUUGACGGGUCAGAAACCGAAUCGGAUGAUGAGUUAUGA